AAGUCUGGCAGCUUAAUUCUCAAGUCUGACAGCUUAAUUCUCAAGUCUGGCUGCUUAAUUCUCAAGUCUAGCUGCUUAAUUCUGCUUCAUGUCGACAAGCAGGGUCAGGGGCAAGGUCAGGGUCAAGGCCAGGGCCAGCAGGGUCAAUCCCAGGGCCAACAUGGUCAAGGUCAAGGUUUCCGUGAUAUGCACCAGAAAGUAGAGCACAUAAGGAGCGGCGACACCAUUGCUACACAUCCCGGUGUAGCUCAAUGGUUCUACAACAAUAGAAACCAAACUCUUGUCAUCGUUGCCGUCAUGGAUUUAGCUAGCCACCAGAACCAGCUUGACCGCAACCCAAGGAAUGCAAUGGUUCUUCCACAGUGGAAUGCAAACGCAAACGCGGUUCUCUACGUGACAGACGGGGAAGCCCAAAUACAGGUGGUUAACGACAACGGUGACAGAGUGUUCGAUGGACAAGUCUCUCAAAGGGCAGCUACUUUCCAUUCCACAAGGAUUCUCCGUUGUGAAACGCGCAACAAGCGAUCAGUUCAGGUGGAUAGAAUUCAAGACAAACGCAAACGCGCAGAUCAACACUCUUGCUGGACGUACCUCAGUAAUGAGAGGUUUACCAUUAGAGGUUAUAGCCAAUGGGUACCAAAUCUCACUUGAAGAAGCAAGAAGGGUUAAGUUCAACACAAUAGAGACCACUUUGACCCACAGUAGUGGCCCAGCGAGUUACGGAAGGCCAAGGAAGGCUGAUGCUUGAGUGCUUAAAUGGCUGCGUUUAACAGUGAGCCUCUACUGUAAAAGGAAGCUACAUAGGAGUAAUAAUAAUAAUGUACGAAAAUGUGACUGGUUUUGU